UAAUUAGAAUCUUAUUUUUAAAUAUAGUUCAUAAUUUUAUCAAAAUUUGAUAAGUUAGUUCGACCAAUACAUAACAACUAUUCUUACAGUACUAUAGUAUUGUGCAUAAGAAUCUGCCAUAUUGAAUAACUUGAAAUUGUGUAUUUAGUAUGACUGUCACUUCAGUUUUCAAUUAAUAACAUUAGAAGUGUAAUUUUUACGUACAUCAAGUGAUAGAUGCUUAAAAGUUAUAUUGUGAUAUUUAAACGAAGUACGAAGUGUCAAGCUUUAUUUGAAUUUAUUUCAUUCCAUAGAUAAACUAUGUCGACAGGGCCAUACAACUAUUCGUAUAUAUUUAAAUACAUUAUUAUAGGAGACAUGGGAGUUGGAAAGUCAUGUCUUUUACAUCAAUUUACAGAGAAAAAAUUUAUGGCAGAUUGUCCGCAUACUAUUGGAGUAGAAUUUGGUACAAGAAUUAUUGAAGUAAAUGGUCAAAAAAUUAAAUUACAAAUAUGGGAUACAGCAGGACAAGAGCGUUUUAGAGCAGUUACAAGAUCUUAUUAUCGUGGGGCAGCCGGAGCACUUAUGGUGUAUGAUAUAACUCGACGUUCCACUUACAACCACUUGAGUAGUUGGCUAACAGAUACACGCAAUCUCACCAAUCCUAGCACUGUUAUAUUUUUGAUAGGGAACAAAAGUGAUUUAGAAGGUCAGCGGGAUGUGACGUAUGAAGAAGCAAAACAAUUUGCUGACGAAAAUGGUCUUAUGUUUGUUGAGGCUAGUGCAAAAACAGGUCAUAAUGUUGAAGAAGCUUUUUUGGAUACAGCAAAAAAAAUAUUCCAAAGUAUAAGAGAUGGCCGAUUGGAUUUGAAUGCUGCUGAAUCAGGAGUACAACAUAAUCCCAGUCAACCAGAACGUACUAAUUUACAUGGAGCUACCAACGAACAGCAUAAUGGCAAAGAUUCCUGUUCUUGUUAAUAAUUUAUUUUUACAUAAUUUUAUCAAAUAAUGACUAAUAAUAGAUAAUGCAAUUAUUGUUCACAUAUUAAUGUUCUAAUUUAAUUCAAUACUGUAUAAUUUUUUAUUUAUUUAUAAAGUUACUAUUGAAUAAUUUUAUUUGUAUGCAAUGACACUUUUAUACUCAGAUUGAUUUUAUGAGUUUAAAAAUUAUCGUCUUAAUUAAAUUCUGAAUUCGUAUAUUUUAA